AUUUGAUCUCAUUUUCAGAGUAGCAAUGAUGUGCCAGUCUCAUAGACUGUUUUUCUUGUAACGAUACUGAUGUGCUGACAACCAUGGUAAAAUGUAUGAUAUAAAACCAAUAGUUUUCCACAUUUUGAGAUCCAAAUCGACAUCCCAAGAAAAGUACCGCAACGGUGAAGCACCACAGCACCGUUUCGUGAUAAACAAGCGCUGUAUUUCAACUACAGCUGUUUCCUAGUGUCACAAAGUUCUACUCUGCUUCUCCGAACUUCAUGGUUCAAUUCCUUUCUCGCUACUACAGGACCACUUCUGCUAGUGGCGGUCUCUCGUGGACCGGAAAGAAAGGACAAAGGUUUACCGUAACUAGACUGAAAAUGAAGCAGAGAUGUAUAAAAGACAUGUCUGUGGGAGAAAGCUCACCGAUUCCACUGAAACCUACACUGGCUAGAACAGUAUCUGCAAAGCGUCGUCACCAGUGGCUGGCCCGACCUCGAACCCCACAGAAGACAACCUCCGUUUUGAGUUCUCUGUGGAGUUCGGGAAAGUCACGACAAGGUGUAUGGAGCCGAGCGGCAGAACUAACUGAUGAUUCUGAUGUUGAAGAAGUAGAGGAACUGAUGCCUUAUGACCAGUCACAGAGUGAACAAAGCAGUAGUUCGACUGGAGAAAGUAGUUCUGACAGACUACAAAGUUUUUCAUCCCUUGAAGAUUAUUGUAGCUCAUCCGAUAUGAAACAGUCAGUAUAGAAAUUCCAC